AUGUGGCAAUGUUGCGCCUGCGUACCAUGCUCACAGGUGUCGACCACAUUCGCUGUGGGGUCUAGACCGUUCAGUGUCACGGUGGGCGAUUUCAAUGGAGACGGUUAUCUCGAUAUCGUCAAUACGAAUUUUCACGACAAUACAGUGAGCGUUUUACUUGGGAAGGGAGAUGGAAGCUUCCAGGCGCAGGUUGCAUUCGCUGUAGGGUCCGGGCCAUACGGUGUUGCAGUGGGCGAUUUCAACGGAGAUGGCCACCUCGAUAUUGUGGCUACGAGUUAUGCUAGUAAUACAGUGAGCGUCUUACUUGGGAACGGGGAUGGAAGCUUCCAAGCUCAGACCGCAUUCGCCGUGGGGUCUGGUCCGUAUCUUGUCGCAGUUGGUGAUUUCAACGGAGAUGGCCAUCUCGAUAUCGUGGCUGCGAGUUAUGCUAGUAAUACAGUAAGCGUCUUACUUGGGAACGGAGAUGGGAGCUUCCAAGCUCAGACCACAUUCGCCGUGGGGUCUGGCCCGGUGGGUAUUGCAGUGGGCGACCUGAAUGGAGAUGGUCACCUCGAUAUCGUGGCUGCGAAUCACAUUAGCAAUACUGUGAGCGUCUUGCUCGGGAACGGAGAUGGAAGCUUCCAGGCGCAGACCGCAUUUGCCGUGGGGUCUGGUCCGUUCACUGUCGCAGUGAGCGACUUCAACGGGGAUGGCUACCUCGAUAUCGUGGCUGGAAUUCAGUCGGGCAAUACAGUGAGCGUCUUACUUGGGAAAGGAGAUGGGAGCUUCCAAGCUCAGAACACAUUCGCCGUGGGGUCUAGCCCGGUGGGUAUUGCAGUGGGCGACCUGAAUGGAGAUGGUCACCUCGAUAUCGUGGCUGCGAAUCACAUUAGCAAUACUGUGAGCGUCUUGCUUGGGAACGGAAAUGGGAGCUUCCAAGCUCAGACCACAUUCGCCGUGGGGUCUGGCCCGGAUGGUGUUGCAGUGGGGAACUUCAACGGAGAUGGUGUUCUCGAUAUCGUGGCUGCGAAUGAGUUGGGCAAUACAGUGAGCGUCUUGCUCAGCCAGCAUUGCAACGCCUAG